CAACAAGCCAGCCCAUGAUAUUUAAAGCGAUAGUCCGCAGAAGUACCCUCUAUUUAAUUUCUCCCAUCUAUCACGUAUUCACGACCUGUACGACUUCAAGUUUUUUUUAACUUAAUGAAUCACACUUUUCCAUACUCUGAAGAUCGAGCUUCGUUAUCUGAGCGAGAGAUCCCCCAGUACGCGCUGUCAUCUAACAUCCGAACAAAGCCAUUCCCAUCUCAUGUCGCGAGAUCUAGCAGUGAUUCAGAGCUUACUAGCUCAGACAAGCUAUCCGCACUCCCCGACUCUCCUUUGUCCCGUCCACGUGUCUUAAGCAGGAUGGAACCUCAGACCAUUCAGAUUUCGCAAUCGACUCCUUCCCUGGAAGGUUUCACGGGUCAUCAUAAUACUUCCGCCUCUGACACGCCCCGGGCAAUCGCUUCAGAGAGUUCCAUUGGCAAGGGUAGUCCAUUUCAACGCGUCUCUUUCGAGAGCGGCCCUUCUCGCAUACCAUCCCCUCCCAGUAAUAAGUCUCGUUCAGGGAUUAACGUGCAGCACCACCCCUUGCUUCGCGAUAGCGGCGCUCCACCCUCGAGGUCACCGCUGAUCGAGGCAACACUAUCUCGGUUUCGCCGCCCAAGCGACCCCCCUCGACCAUCCUCAGCUAUGCGCGCAGAAGCUCAAACAUCAACAUCCAGGAAGGGUAGUUACGACUCGCCUUCCGCGUCACAAUCUCGAGCUGCAUCUCCCAUGCGCAUAUUCGCGUGGCCCGGCUUUCGUCGUAGGGAAACGCGCGAAGAACCGUUCGUCCCUCAGAACCCCUUUCAGAGGCAAAACCCGUUCCGCAAUUUUUCUAUUGGUAGCCCUGAAUUCCCCAAUGGUGAAAGCCUUGAUCCCACCUGCGAGGACACGCUCAAGCAAUUUCUACCUCCUCCAAUAACAUGUAACCCCUUGAAGACUUCACGGAGAUUCCUCCGUUCCUCUCGUUAUUUUUUGAUGGAUACUCUUCCCCGACAAAUAUACCUGCACUUACUGCUUCGCCUUCCUUCUCUUUAUUUUUCACGCAUCGCUCGUAUUUAUCAAGAUGCAGAGCUCAGUCGCCCGGAUAUUCAACGAUUGAUUGAUGCCUGUGCCUCCCAAGUGCAGAACCCUUCCUCCAGCCCUAUACCGCCAGGGGCUCACUACCACCCACAGCCUGCUCUUCCUUUAGCAGAUGAAUGGACCUCCAAUAACGUCUCCCCAGCUCUUAUCAGAUUCAAGCAUUCCUGGGAGGCGUUUAUCGACUCUCUGCUCCGAGAGUGGAAGACCCUAAACCUCGUUUCCGCUUUAUUGCUUUCUGCCAUAUUAUCUAUGUUUCAGAACACAGAGAUGUCUCAAGAUCCUGUGGUCCGCACAGCAGCGCUACUUUCGCUGACGUCCGCAUUGAUGAGCUUAUCUUUCGGCUGUAUCUACAUUGUCCGCUUUGGCACCAUGAGAAGCAUGUACAAAGCCACCCGUUGGGCUGAGGAAGCACGUAAAACAACAACAUUCAUUUGGUGGAACGUAUGGGUUCUAUUAGCAAUGCCUGCAGUAUGGCUUGCCUGGGCUAUGUGUUUCUUCAUAGUCGCCAUUCUCUCCUUUGUGUGGCGCUCUGGUUCUUCAUCAAACAACCCCAGCCCCGCACCGCUCUCCCCAACCGCUAUAUUGGGCCCGCGCAUCGCUGUCACGACCCUGUUCAUAGUCGGGCUGAUCGACUUCGUGCUGAUCGUCAACACGCUGCAUAACUACGGACGUACAAGGGAUGUAGAAGGUGAAAUGGGGUUACUGAGCAUGGAUGAAUCGUCGCAAGCACGCCGGCCUUCUGCUGGCCUUGACCGUGAGGACCGAGGGAGACGGGCAGGACAUCUAACAAGAGGCAGAACGCGCUUCCCGGGAGAGAGGCGUGGGCGGCCUGAUGGGCAUCGUCCGCCUGAAGGUGGCGUGCUGUCAGCUGUCACGGGUCUCGGCCUUACAAACCUUGAUGGUGUGCUGAAUUCUAGUCCCCGUAGCUCUAACGAACUAUCACGGGAGAAGGAUAGGGACAGGGCUGUGGUGAUUGCGGCCACCAAUGAUUGAAUGCCAUUGUAUGCUCAAUUUAUUAUUAGACUCUUACAAUGAUACCUCCGCUCUUUUAUGAUGAUGAUCCUUCCGCGAGCAGU